AUUCUUGCCAGUGAAGAUGAUGAUGAUUCUGAUGAAGAAGACGAUGAUGAUGAUGAUGAAUAUGAUGAUCGUUUUAGUCGAUUCCAAAUUGAAAGAAAAAAAGAUGAAAUGGCUAGCGAUCUUGAAGAUGAUGAUGACGAUGAUGAUAAUGAUAAUGAUGGUUUACCAGAUGUAAAAGCAUGGGGUCGAGAUAAAAAAUCAUAUUAUCAUACUGAUUAUAUUGAUAAAGAUUAUCGUAGUCAAAAACAACGUGAUCAAGAUUUAGCACAAUAUGAAGAAGAAGAAGCAUUACAGAUCCAGAAACGAUUACUUGAAUCGAUUAGUGAUCAAGAUUUGGGCAUCGAUUUAUUAUUGGAAAAUAUUCGACCAAAAUCGGAAAAAUUAUCCACGACUAUUGUUGAGCAACAAACUGUGGAAUCAACGAUUAAAACUUUGCCAAUCGGCCUAACCAAAGAACAAAAAUUGGCCAUCCUAAAACAAGAAUCACCCGAAUUAGACCUGUUGAAAAAUGAUUUUGAAAAUUAUUGGAAUGAAAUUCGUGAGAAACUUCAACCAUUAGUAUUCGAAUUUGCUCAAUCAAAAGAUUCGAAUCCUCAGGCAUUGAAUAUUCUUAAAUUACGUUUGAUUUUAUUGACAAAUUAUUUGGCACAUAUUUCGCUUUAUUCAUCAAUGAAAUGUAAUUCAGCCGAUCGACAAUCAGUAAAAGAUCAUCCAAUUAUUAAACGUUUAUUUACAUAUAAAAAAUUAAUCAAACAAUUGGAUGAUUGGAUUGAAAUGAAUGUGGAAUUCACACGGCAAAUUGAAUUUGCAUUAGAUUCGAUCAGAAAUAAACGACCAAUUCGAUUUAUUCAGGAAGAAGACAUUAUCGCCGAACAACAACAAGAUUCAAUAGUCGAUCAAAACAUGGAUUUCGAGUCGAUUAUGAAUUUCAUGGAUGACUCGGAAUCGGAUGAUGAUGAUUUGAUGAAAAACGAUACAACCGGAGAAGAAGAAGAAAAACGUGCCAUCACCUAUGAAAUGGAAAAGAAUAAAGGUCUAACACCGAAACGAAAACGUGAACAAAGAAAUCCACGAGUAAAAUAUCGAAAGAAAUAUGAAAAAGCUGUCAUCCGACGUAAAGGACAGGUACGAUUACCACGGAAAGAAUUACAAAAAUAUGGUGGUGAAAUGACGGGUAUUAAUGUUCGAUCAGUUAAAAGUGUUAAAUUUAAAUGAUGAUUAUUUUCUUUUUACUUUUUUUCCAAUAAAAAUUUUUUUUUUCGAAUG